GAAAUAAUUAAAGUAUGACUUCUUUUUUAAAAUGGCUGCCGGAUUGCGAUCCAAACUUGAUAUGAGACAUGGUUUUAUGAAAAGUAUUAUACAAAAUCAAGUAGAUAGAGACACAUAUGAUAAGGAAAUCAAAGCAAAACUCACUGAUAAACCCAAGCCUAAACAGAAUAAACAGAAGAAACCAGACAUCCAUGUUUAUGUUCCACCAACAAAGUUAAAAGAAAUGUUUGUUCUGGAGUUUGAAGACAAGGAUGGCUCUGUCUACUCAACAUCAGUGUACAAGAAUGAUAGUGCAAGUGCAAUUGCUCAGAAAAUUGGAGAAGAGAGAAAUUUACCUGCAGACUACAUAGCAGUAUUACAGGAACGUUUACACUACGAAAUAUCCACUCGGGAAGGCCUCACGGCUGACCCAAACAGCUGACUGUCCGCCCUGUAACCAAUCCAAGGUGAUUUAUAAUGGAACAAGAUGCAGUUUCUGCCAGUUGCAGCCUUGUGUGGUGCAGAACAUUCCAUUGUGUUGAUAUGCGGAUGUGUGGUGGUGUUGUUUCUCCCAAGUGAUGAAGAACUGUGUCUGAAUUUGAAAUUUCAGAUUGUAUGGAGUUUUGAAAGACAAACUUGAGUGUUUAGCUUUAGAUUGCCUUCUUGUACUGAACAGUAACUAACAUUCUCAAUGCUUUUUAUUUGAAUUUCAUUGGUCUGAUUAAGAUCAAAUCUCUCACUUGGCAUCAUUGCAAAUGAAGAUUAAGAUUGGCCUUGUCCUUCUGUCUGGUUAAGAAGUUUUUGUAGAAGUUAUAUUUGAUUACUUGCGGAAGCUGAAUUAACAAACACUAUUGAUGAGUACAUGCAUUGUUUAGUUGAUAAUGAGGUCAAAAGGUUAAUCAAACAGAAGUAUUGUUACAGGAAAACAGUUGCUUGGCUUUGAGUGAUAUCCGGGCCAGGGUUGGCAAAAGAGUGGUCAAUAUGAGUAUUGACCGGGCCGGUGGUCAAUACUGUUUAAAACCGGUCAAUACUUGUCGAUUGAAGAUUAUUUGGUCAUUAUAGUCUGUCUGUGUUAUUUAUUUUAAAUGUUUAAGUGACCAUUAUGGUAAAUACUGUAAUUCAUAAUAUGCACUAUCAGUUUAUAAUAUACUUAUAAGUUAUAAUAUUAAAUAAAUAAUGUACAAAUGACUCUGUUGAAUUGGGGAAGAUGUGAAAGUUUCUGUUCAAAUUCCUUAGUUUAACAAGAACUACCUAUAAGUAUUGUUUCAUCAAUCUUCAUUUACUGUUGAAUAAACAUUUGAGGGGGUGGGUUGGUGAUGUUUUCAUAACAAUAACAGGCACACUGGUCAUCUCUGGUCCCAGCCUAUGCUUAUUAACUCCUGUCAACUCUGCUUCCUGUGCUCAGGUAAUGUCCAGCUACCUUUUAUUCUUAAUAUGUCCAGAUACAUUUAUUAAGAGGUCUGUCUCCAAUCGUCAAGCUAUGCACAGGGGCUAAGCCCGUUUUAGGCCCGAACUCUGUGAUAUACCAUAAAUAUAUUUAUGGUAUAUAAUAUCACAGAGUUCGGGCCCAAAACGGGCUUAGCCCCUGUGAAGCUAUGCUAUAGAACUGUGACCCUCUGGUAGGUACUGAAGAUAUUUCGGUCAGUUUCAGCAAACCAAAUAUGUUAAACUUUUGAAAUUAAAUUUGAUUAUCUAAUGAAAAAUAUUAAUCAACAAUUGAUCCAUAUAAUGAAAAGACUUGAUUUAUCUUUAUCUUUGCAAGAAAUGUACAAAAAUAGGAAAAUGGACAAUAUAAAUCACAAUUGACCACUUGGGGAGUAUUGACCAGGACAGUUAACCGCCCAAGCCUGGAUAUCCCUUCACAACUGAAGUCACCAUACUUAGCCCAAACUCAUCACAGAAUGAGGAAAAUUACCAUUGAUUCAGAGGUUAAAAAAAAAAAAUGUCAAGUAAAAUGGGCUUUUGACAUGGAAAAACAGUUUCUGGACCAUAAACGAUUUCCCUUUUCACCUGAAGCGAACAUACAUAUGAUAUCCCUCUGACUUGUCAUGGAAAAAGGAUGAUUGUUAUCAAUUUUACAGUUUUCAAAUCUAUCUAGAUUUAGGACUGCCCUAUAGGGGGUAUUAAAGGACAGUACUAGUUCUGAUUGCCUGUACAUGGUUCCCCACGUAGCGUCAAUGACAAUCAAAACAAAGGGAACAAAGUGAGAGAUUUCAUUUUUCAGACAGGUACAUCAUCUGUAAAGUGUGCUUGUGAUCUUCUAGGGUGAAGUGUUCUUUGUAACAUUGAUAUUGUUUUAUUUUUGUUUUUGAUUUCAAGCAAUCCACUCAGUCUAUGUACUUUCAUAGUUUAAGGUUUUUGAAAUAUGUUUAUGAUUAGCCGAUUUGUUGAAAUUUAUUCUAACACACAGAAGUGGAAAUAAAACUGCAUUUGUUGAAUUAGA